AAGAUUCAUAAGAAACGUGAAAGAGCAUUGGAACGAUAAACCUCGUACACAUCUCUUGCGUUAUGUCAAGGAAGGCAACUAUAAAGAAUAUUUCUUGCAACGUUUUCCUGAACUGCCUCUUCUUGUGCACAAAAUCAUAAGGUCGACUGACUGGAAAACAAGACCUGAUCUAAGAAAACAUUUUACGACUUCUGAAGAAAAGAUAUCUUUGUUAUAUCUACUAAAUGAUAAUGACAGUGAUGCUGAUAUUGGCAUAACGUCUUCUACAUCAGGACCUACUUCUUACGAAAAGAUAUCUUUGCCAUCUUCCAUGAGUGACAACGACUAUGACGACAUUGACAAAACUCCUUCUACAGCAGUACUUGAUGAUAAUAACAGUGAAGUCAUCAUUGGUGUUUCGCCUUCCACAUCAAAACCUGAGGCAGAUGAUAAUUUGGAUGAACACUUUUCGAUGAACACAAGCUUUUCAGAAGAUAGUAACGAUAAUGAUGAAGCUUCUAAAAUAAGAGAACCUUCUGAAUGUCAAUUGAAUGAUAAUGACAGUUUGGAAGACAGCGAUGCAAUGCCUUCAUCAGUUUGUCGUGCGAUAGAAGAAGUUUCCCAUAAUGAUGAACUUAAAAAAGUAGACCAAUCUUCAUCUUCUAGUACAAUGAAGCAACAUAUAAAAAGAGAGGGUAUUUUGCCCAAUAUCACGUCUUUAGAAAGUGAUGAAAAAAGUAAAAUGAGAGAUGUUAACGUUGCCAAAAGUGCUGUGCCUUCUGAAUCGGAAGCUGAUAGUAACGAUGAUGAUGAAGCUUCUGAAGAAAAGAAAUCUUUGCUAUAUCUACUAAAUGAUAAUGACAGUAAUGCUGAUAUUGGUAUAACGUCUACAUCAGGACCUAAUGAUAAUAACAGUGAAUUCAUCAUUGGUGUUUCGCCUUCCACAUCAAAACCUGAAUUGCUUUCUCAACCAUGGAAAUGUUAUGAUAAAUCAAUAAUGCACCAACAAAAGUUCAGAAUGAUGGAAGAAUAUGGGCAAGAAAAUCCAAGAAAAGUUAAACUCGUAAAUGGUGUAAAGUUUAUUUGUUCUGAAGAGUUUUUGCUUGGUAAAGGAAGUGAUGGAACUCGUGUUUACCUUGGACUCGGAAAAGAUGGUUACGGAAAAGCAGUAAAACGAUUGCUUCGAGAUAACUGUACGAAGUUGGCCAAACGAGAAAAAGAUAUUUUGAAUGAGUUUAAUGCCAAGCGUUCAAAUUAUGUUGUGAAUUAUUGGUAUCUUGAAGAAGAACCAGGCACAGAUUAUUUGUAUUUGAUACUAGAUUUGUGUGAAGAAUCGUUAGAAAGUUUUGUACAAUCUUCUACUUUGCAAGAUCUUCAAAAAGCACUUCCUACAAUUCUUACGCAGAUUUUAAAAGGUUUGGCUGAUCUUCACAGUGAUCCGUGUCCUAUUCUUCACAGGGAUUUAAGACCAUCAAACGUUCUUCGAGAUGUAAAAGGAAAUUUUUUAAUCGCUGACUUUGGUAUAAGUCAUAUGUUAUUAUCUGAUGAAACUUCGACACAUUGGAGCAUACAAAGAGGAGCUAAAAAUUGGAUAGCUCCAGAGUCAUACAACGCAUCAGAUGAUACAAUUAAUAAAGUUCGUUACAAAAAAGAGUCUGACAUUAUGAAUGCCGGAAUGGUGGCUUAUUAUGUUGCAACAAAGGGGAAACAUCCCUUUGGAGCUGAACGGUUUUUACUGGAUAACUUAUUAAAUGGAAAGCCAGUUGGCUUGGACAAAAUCAAGGAUGCCACGCUCAAAGACCUUUUAUCGUGGAUGCUACAGCUAGAACCGGAAGACAGACCAUCGGCCAAAAAGUUGUUAAAACACCCUUAUCUACAAACCGAUGAGGAGAAUUUCGAUUUUCUGUGUGAUGUUGGGAAUGAACCAGAAAUAAAGAAGUCAUCUCCACAUUCUCUUCCCUCAAAUCUUCGUGAGCAGUUGAAUCUUUCAAUAGAUUGGAUGGACCGUAUCGAUCCUGAAUUUUUUAAUCAUUUCAAUAAAGUAUCCGACUCUACAUGGUUAGGUUGCCUAAGCUUUUUACGAAACGUUCGCCAGCAUUGGCAUGAUGAAUCUCGUCCACAACUGUCAUCAUGUGUUAAAGAUGGAAACUAUCAAGAGUAUUUUCUUCGACUUUAUAAGGAACUGCCUCUUCUAGUUCACAGAACCAUAAGAUUGAGUGAAUGGAAGACAAGACCUGUUCUGAAGAAACCUUUUCCAAAUUUCGAUGGAGCCCCCGCAAUUAUUGUCAUGGGAGGAGUCUAUAGCAACUUUAUUAGAGAACAUAUCAGUAAUGAGGUCCUUGAAAAACUGAAAGAAUCAGCCAGAGAGGGAUAUGCAGUCUUAACGAAUGGUGACACUGCUGUUGAUGCUGUAGAAAAGGCAGUUAGUAUUUUAGAGAGCAGUGACUUAUUCAUGAUAGGUCGUGGAUCUCCAUUGAACAGUGAAGGAGAAGUUGAAUGUGAUGCAAUGAUUAUGGAUGGAGACACUUUAAAAACAGGCGCUGUAAUUUCUGGUCGAAAUUUCAAAAAUCCAGUUUGCCUUGCUCGAAAAAUAAUGGAAAAAACACCACAUAGUGCUCUUAGUGGUGAUGGUGCUCUGAAAUUUGCUCAGGAUAAUGGAUUGGAUUGGUGCGAACCGAAUGAAUUGUUAAAUGGACAGAGAUAUCUUCCACAUAAAUAUUUCAAUGAUUAUGCACAAUAUUUUAUGGAGGGAGGACCUUUUCCUGCUGAUGUGCCUGAAAUUAGACCUGAAGAAACUGACACUUGCGAUUGUGCAUGUGCUGUUGCGAUUGAUAGAGAUGGCAAGCUGGCAUGUGCAACGUCAACAGGAGGUAUGGCAGGCAAACUUAAAGGUUGUGUUAGUGACACUGCAUUAGUUGGUUGUGGUGGAUAUGCAAAUGAUUAUGGAGCAGCUGCAGCAACUGGUCAUGGAGAGAAAUUGAUAAAAUUGAACUUUACAAGAGAAGUUGUAAUUAACAUGGAAGCAGGAAGUGCCCAAGAAACUCUACAGGAUGCUGUGAAUUUGCUUAAAAUUGGCAAACUUGACGGACGCGCAGGAGGAAUUGCCAUUGACAGACAUGGAAAUAUUGGAAAGGCAUUUAAAAAUGACCUCAUGCCUUGGGUUAGCAUCAAAAACGAUGAAAUGAAAUUUGGGUUGGAAAGGGAUGAUGAAGGAAACUAUCCUUUUGAAUUUAUUGUAAACAAUGGCGUUGUAUAGUUUAUGAUUUAUACAUGAAUUAAUAUUCAUUCACAAUCAUGCACUGUUGAACUUUAGCAUUUGAAACUAAAUAUUCACAAUUCACACAAACAAAUAAACAAUAAAACAAUCAUAAUCAUUUAUACACGUACAUAAUUAUCGUACGUAAGUACAGUACUCUGCUGUAUUGGUUAGUCAUAUCAUAUUUUCCUUCAUUGUUGAACAAUAAUAUUUGAAACAAUGCAUUUUUAAUUAUUCACAUGAUACAAGAAAAUCACUGUUGAUUAAAUUUCUUCACUUCAAA